GCGAGGGGUGCCCGGGACACGUGGGGCCGCGGCGGAGGGAGCGGAGCGGGGCCGGGCCGUUCUCGCUCGUGGGCUGUGGACCGAGCUGCGGCUGACCCCGGACGCGUGGCCGGGGAGGCGGCGCGACCUUGGGCCCAUGAGCCGGGGCUGAGACUCGUGGGGCGGGAGGAGGAGGAGGAGGAGGAGGAGCGGGAGGAGCGGAGCAGGAGCGGGAGGAGCAGGAAGGGGUCGGGCCCGAGUCCCCGCCCCGAGGCUCUGCGGAUGGAUGUGCCGGCGCCGGGGGCCCGCAGAGCAGCGGCGGCCCGGGCCCCGGCGGCCACCAUGCUGCUGCGCACGGCCCGCGUCCCGCGCGAGUGCUGGUGCGUGCCCACCGCCCUGCUCUGCGCCUACGGCUUCUUCGCCAGCCUGCGGCCGUCGGAGCCCUUCCUGACCCCGUACCUGCUGGGCAGCGACAAGAACCUCACCGAGAGAGAGGUCUUCAAUGAAAUUUACCCAGUCUGGACCUAUUCCUACUUGGUGCUGCUGUUUCCUGUAUUCCUUGCCACAGACUACCUCCGAUACAAGCCUGUCAUUCUGCUGCAGGGAUUCAGCCUCAUUGUCACGUGGUUCAUGCUCCUUUAUGCCCAGGGACUGCUGGCCAUUCAGUUUCUAGAAUUCUUCUAUGGCAUCGCCACAGCUACAGAAAUCGCCUACUACUCCUACAUCUACAGCGUGGUGGACCUGGACAUGUACCAGAAGGUCACCAGCUACUGCCGAAGUGCCACCCUGGUGGGCUUCACGGUGGGCUCUAUCUUGGGCCAGAUCCUCGUCUCUGUGGCGGGCUGGUCUCUCUUCAGCUUAAAUGUCAUCUCCUUGACCUGUGUGUCGGUGGCCUUUGCCCUGGCCUGGUUUCUGCCCAUGCCACAGAAAAGCCUCUUCUUCCACCAUGUCAAUUCAGCCCACCAAGGGGUGAAUGGUCGAGUGCAGAAUGGCAGCGUCAGGAACACUCCAAACUCCAGUCAUCUUCCUGGGUGGGAGGACAUGGAAUCAAAAAUCCCUUUAAAUGUGGAAGAGCCUUCUUCGGAAGAACCGGAAUCCAAGCCAGACCGCCUGCUCGUGCUGAAGGUCCUGUGGAAAGAUUUCUUGGUGUGCUAUUCCUCCCGGCCUCUGCUCUGCUGGUCUGUGUGGUGGGCCCUCUCCACCUGUGGCUAUUUCCAAGUGGUGAACUACACCCAGGGUCUCUGGGAGCAAGUGAUGCCUUCUCGCAAUGCUGAUAUCUAUAAUGGUGGAGUGGAAGCAGUUUCCACACUGCUGGGGGCUGUUGCAGUGUUUGCGGUUGGUUACAUAAAGAUAUCCUGGUCUACCUGGGGCGAGAUGACGCUGUCUCUCUUCUCCCUGCUGAUUGCAGCAGCCGUGUACGUAAUGGACAAAGUGGAUAACAUCUGGGUCUGCUACUCAUCCUAUGUCAUCUUCAGAAUCAUCUACAUGCUGCUCAUCACCAUAGCAACGUUCCAGAUUGCUACCAACCUCAGCAUGGAGCGUUACGCCCUGGUGUUUGGUGUGAACACCUUCAUCGCCUUGGCGCUGCAGACUCUGCUCACUCUGAUUGUGGUGGAUGCCAGCGGUCUUGGUUUGGACAUCACCACUCAGUUCCUGAUCUACGCCGGUUACUUUGCCCUCAUAGCUGUGAUUUUCCUCAUUAACGGUGCAGUCAGUGUUAUGAAGAAGUACAGAAGGCGGCGGGAUACUGAGCCCGGCUCCCCAGUGACCUCAGCAUGACCGCCAGGGAGGAGGAGACUGACGCCUUAGACCCAAGCGCAGUGGCUUUUCCCACCGGUGCCUGUACGCAGAGUUCAUGGACUUUCCCUGAGUUAUAGGCAUAUAUUUAUGACAGUGUUUGAAUGUGCAUUUCACUGCUUCAGAGCCGCCACUUGUAAUCUGCAUUCUUGGUGUUACAUAUCUGAUCCAAGAACCGAUUUUACAGAUUUUUUUAUGUGAAAGAAUUUAAAGGAUGACUUUUUUCACCGUCUUAAGUCCACUUGCUAAAGUGAAAGCAUUUAAUUAGAAAGCAAAGGGUUUUUAAAGGUCACUCCCAUCCCUCCAUCCUGGGAUGGGACAUGCAUGGGCCCCGUGGGUCAGGGCUGGAUGGAGGUGUGCUGGGAUGGUCCGUACCUCUAUACCCCUUUACACCAUCCCUUCUUGGUUUUUGUCUACAUGUGUUCACUUGUUUGUGUAAAUGAUUGUUUCUAUCCCAAGUGAGCAUUAUUUGCUGUGGUUCUAUUCCCUUAGGAAUCUGUUUUGUGUGUUUAAAUUAUUGUUUUUCAGCUCACUUUAAGUGUGCUCUCAGAUGUGUGUGUGUGUGUGUGUGUGUGUGUGUGUGUACUUUAACCAGUGCAUCGCACAUUAUUCGUUCUGCUUCCCAGAGAAGCUCAGAUAGGUACAAAGAAUAGCAAGCUUGAAGUCUGCUAAACCACUACAUUGUCCAUUGCCAAAUGAACUGACUUUAUCAGAAAACUUUAAGGGACAAUUAAUCUUUUAGUUUGAAGGACUCUGAUUUUGCGAUAAAACCUAGAAUUACUUGUGGGCUGUGGUUACAAUCAGCCCAUCUCAUAUUUGUAGUCCCUUUAAUACCCUACACAAGAGGAAGACUUAAAAAUACCUUCUUUUCCUAUCUUUUUACUGUCUUUCUCUUAAUCCAGUGGGCACUCAAGACCAUUCCAAGGAAGUAUUUUUGUUUUGUUUUGCACAAAUGGGACCACAUAAUUUGUAAGAUAGGACUGGAAUUGACAGUUGGUUCUUUACCUGAAAUCUGCCGUUAAGUUCAGAAGUGGAUCAUCUUAAAGAUUUUAUUAAAAUUAGAAUCUUGAUAGCAGUUUCUAUUUCCAGGUUACAUGAAGGAAAAAACAAAACAAACAAUUGUUUCCAUUUGAUCUUGAAAUGUCUCCUCUGUGGCUGCCAAUGUAUGUGAAACAUUAUCAGUAUUUAUGUUAGAUUUUGAGAAGCCAAUCAAGUUCAGAUGGCAUUGCCUUAUUCCGGCUACCUUUGAGUAGCUGCUCUUUUUUUUUUUUUAGAAGGACAUAACUAAACCCCUAAGUAAUGUAGGAGCAGGAAAGAGUAGGGAUAAAUGAGUGGCAGCUUUUCAUUUCUUAUCAGGACAUAAACAAUUAGAUGAAUAUGACAGGUCAUUCCUAUGUCUUCCUUUAAGAUGAAGAUGGGCAGGGACAAGCUAGGGGGAGAAAGGGGUAAAUGAUUCCUUUGAAGUUGGUAACUGGAUUUAAGGGGUUCCUUACAUUAUUUUCUCUUGUGGGGAACCAUACAUUCUAAAACAAGUCACAGUUGUCACAGAGUGUUUUAGGUUAUUUUGUUAUGAUGAUAUAGAUUGACAUAAUCAAAAUGUCUGGCUACCAAAGCAUUAUUUUCUUAUUAUCUGAAUGUCAGAUAGACAACAUAAACCUUUAGUUAUA